GUCCCAGGCCAUGUCCUGCAGGAGGUCCCCCUGCUCCACAGUGUGUCUCUGUGUCCCACAGCGUGUCUCUGUGUCCUUCAAGGUGUCCCCGUGUCCCUCAGGAUGUUCCUGUGGCUACUCCUGGCACUGAGUGUCUGCGCUGGCCCCGGCACAGCUGUGUCCCCAGCUGUUCCCCCGCGCCACAUGGACUCGGUACUCGCCAUCCUGGACGUCCUCGAGUCCCCAGCCCAGGGGGGUUCCCCUGGCACUGCCACGGCCUUGGGGAGGCAGCUGGGAGUCUGCAGCACCCCGGGGUGCCGGGCAGUGCUGGGCGAGCCCGCCGGGACUCCCGAACGCCCUCCGGCUCUCACCCCGGGCCAGUGGCAGCUCCUGACCGAGCUCCUCCACCAAGACCCGGCGACUCCGGAGCUGGGGGCGGUGCUGGCCCCUGACGGUUCUACGGUGGCCCUCGGUCCCCUCCUGGCCGGCAUCGAGGCGGGGCUGAGAUCUGGCGGCUUUGGGCGACCCCUCCCCACCCUCAACCCACCCACCGACCCCCUCUUGGCUGUCACCAUCGCUGAGGCUUUGGGGACAUCCUUCCUGCUGGCACAGGGGGGUGACAACAACAGCAUCACGUUGGGACCCGAUGGCUGCUGGGACGACGUGGAGAACCCCCAAAAUUACACCUUGAGGGGUCCCCUGUCCCCUGUCCCCGACCCCGUGGCCAUCGGGGCCAUGGAUGGGGUACUCCUGGGGGCGCGGCUGGCCCAGGGACCCCUCCCACUGGCUGAGCUGCUCCAGGGCUACUAUGGGACCGGGAAUGGCUCAGAAGAGGGGAGACCCCCCAGCAGUUACCGGCGCCGGGAUUUUGGAGCUCUAGCGGGACAGGGACGGCUGGAGAAGGAGGUGGCGGCAAUUUUGGGGGUGCUGAGGACCCUGUCGCCCAGCCUGGAGCUCCUGAGGGACGUGGGGACAAAGGAGGUGGCAGCUGUGGCUCGUCGGGCAGCACAGGAGUUCAUCGAGCGCUACGUGGAGUGCCCAGCCAUCAUGCCCCGCUGCCUGUGGGAUGCCCGUCCCUACCGGGGCACCCCAGCCCUGCUGCAGCCCCCGUUGGGCUUGGUGUUCCUGCACCACACCCUGGAGCCAGCACAGCCCUGCCGGACCUUCAGCGCUUGCGCCCGCGCCAUGAGGGACAUGCAGCGCUUCCACCAGGACAUUCGUGGCUGGGACGACAUCGGCUACAGCCUCGUGGUGGGCUCGGACGGGUACUUGUAUGAGGGCCGGGGGUGGCACUGGGUGGGUGCCCACACCAAGGGCUACAAUACCCAAGGCUUUGGAGUUGGCAUCAUUGGGGACUUCACGGCCACCCUGCCGGACACUGACACACUCACCCUGGUGCGAGAUGAGCUCCUGCCUUGUGCCGUCCGCUCUGGCCACAUCCGGCCGGACUUUACCCUGCAUGGCCACCGCCAGCUCGGCCACACCGACUGCCCCGGCAAUGCCCUCUUCCAGGAGAUCCAGAGCUGGCCUGGCUUCCAGGGGACACCGGUGGCACUGGGGCUCAGGUGAGGAGUGGCCCUGGCUGGAGAGCCUGGGCUGGACAGGGGCAGGAGAAGUUGGACACUGGUCCAGAUGGACACCAGACCAUGGAUCCCACU